AUGGUGAUAAUUAAUACAAAAAAAAAAUUGGCCGUUCUUCAUAACGAGGCACGAACACUUCUCACUAGACUACACGCGAACGGAGAUGAGACCGACGAGCUGGUUGAGUUUGAAGUCACAGAGAUCUCGACUACCCUCAAGAUGGAAGCCGAAGCCAAUGCGAAAGGCUGGAAUGUCCUCUGGUCUACCCGGGCAAAUCUCAAGCGUACCAUAAUUGCUUGUGGUCUACCAUUGAUUACCGACUGGUGUGGCCAGAGCGUUAUGUCUUACUACUAUUCAGUUGUUCUCAGUCAAGUUGGAAUUACGUCCACUAUGCAGCAAACAGGCAUCAACGGAGGCCUCCAGAUCUUCAACUUCCUGUGUUCCGUAUCAGGAAUCUUUAUGGCUGAGCGUUUCGGUCGCCGCACCAUGUGGCUCGUGUCGUUUGGCUUGAUGAUCUGCUCCAAUAUUCUCAUGAUAAUCUGUUCCGCAUUGUAUGCAGAGGGUAUCAGCAAGAAUGCAGGGUACGGCGUUGUUGUCAUCUUGUUCCUCUACGACGCUUCGUUUAACAUUGCAUGCAACCCCCUGCUCUACUGCUAUAUGGUUGAAGUGCUGCCGUUCUACAUGCGAGCCAAGGCCAGCGCUGUCGCUGUUACAUUCUCUGCUGUACUACUCACCUUCGAUGCUUUUGUCAACUCUAUUGCACUGGAUGCGAUCGGCUGGAAGUACUACGUGGUGUAUCUUGGACUGCUUUUCUGUUGGUUCUCGUUGAUUUACUUCAUGUUCCCAGAGACCAAAAGCCUUGUGCUCGAAGAUAUCGCAGUGCAAUUUGAAGGAGAGCGGGCAGCUACCGUGAAAGCCGGCAUCGCCGCAGAGGACUUUGUCCAUGGCCAUUCUCGAGUUAAUGAGGUGAAGGGUGGUGGGGGGACAACCACGGCCAUGGUGGAAGCCUAG